AUUAUUACAAAAAAUGCUUAUUAAACACCAAAUCUUUAUUUUUUUUAGAAAAAAGUAGAAGGUUUGUCAUUACAAUUAGAUAAUCUUUCGCAAAUGAAUAAUUUUCUCUCUUUGCUUUACGAUAUGAAUAAUAUUGGAGACCGGAGCUGGUUGUCACAUGGGUUGGUUGUCACAAUUGUUAAAUCUCAGGAGCUCCGCAAGAUGUAGUUGCCUGGCGCACUACACAUCGUUUCUGCGUCCGCGCAGAACACUUGUAUUCAGUACGAAAGUUGUAGAUUAAGGUCGCACACACAAAAAUAAACAAAUCGCCUAACCUGAGUAAUUUUUUCAUUUGCCAAAUAAUUUGUGGUUUCAAGACUACAUUUGAUAAUAAAAAGAACUGUUGAAUUUAUUUUCCUCUUCAAUAAUAUAUACGACUUAGCGUUAGAUAAGCAUGGUUCGAAAGAAUUCAGUUAGGUAUCUGUCGAUACUGGAACCUUAAUAAACCCUACAUACAUUUUGUAAUUGAAACUCGUAAGGAAAUCUGGAAGCAAUUUAUCUAUUCAACAACAUUCGAAGCUCUGAAUCAAGAACCUGUUGAAGUAUUCCAAACUCACAGAGCAGUGGAAGUUUUGUUCAAGAAUUAUUUCCUUUUUGUGGUGUUUGCAAACUUAGUCAACUCUUUUCUAUAAUUUUUUGUUGCAGAUGCAUUUUAAGAGCACGUAACUUCAUUAGAAUUUCUUCUCUCAACAGGGUCAACCAAAUAGAAAAACUGGUGAAUGUCAAGAGGACAUAUUUCUGAUGAAAGCCGAGAAUGCCUCAACUUUGAAAAUAUGCGGAUACAACAGCGGGCAACACGUAUACUACGAUGUGGAAAACGUUGAUGAACCGAUCAGAAUCUCGAUGAAUUUAAGCAAAAAAGCGGUGAGUCGACUGUGGGAAAUCAAAAUAGUCCAGGUGCCCUUUUCACAAAGAGCUCCUGUCGGAUGUUUGCAGUAUUACCAGGGAAAAACAGGUGUCAUCCAAACAAUGAACUUCGCUGACAAUGGGCGACAUCUGACCAAUCAGGACUACGAAGUAUGCAUACGCCAGGAAGAUGGAGUAUGCAACAUCGUCUACGAGCCCUGUCAUGAAAAUGCGUUCCGCAUUAGCCCAAACAACGGAGUGGACCAUUCCACAGAUGGAGAUAUUGGAUCCGGGUUUGGAAGCAUAUCAGAAGGAAGAGAGAUGGAAACGUGUGACGACAAGAUCACGCUACCAUGUGAUUCCGAUGACUUAAUCAUGAUGGGUAAUCAAGGAGUAGGUUACUGCAAGAUGGUUCACUGUGGAAACAGCCUCUGUCCAAAUGGAGAAACGCCAUGUAGAAUAGAAAGUAGUGCAACACCUUUUGUGAUCGGUGUAUAUUUUGGACCAAGUGCCAGAGAAGAGUCACCCGAAGAUAAUUUAGGCAUGUGCCUUACAUAUGAACAGCUGCCUUGUAGUAUGUGAAUACAAACAAGCCUUUUAGAUUCAGUUGUAGAACAAAAAGUGCCGAAAAAAAUAAAAGUAUUUUUAGUAAUUAACACCUUCUUAUUAAAUAAAAAUUAGAAAUG